AUGAAAUUACAAGCUGUCUUCUUUAUUACCUUAUUCUUCAGCACUUUCGUGGUAUCGAUUACCUACCCCCACAAGCAACUUUUUUCCUGUUCUUACAUAAGAGAUUCAUGCCAAUCUUCAAUUUGUUGGGGAGAAGCUAGUUCUUUAAAAGGUUUGGCCCAUAGGAGCCAUCCUUACUGUAAAGUUGUGAUAAAGGAUCACAGUGGAAUCGUCUGCGAUGAGAAGGUCUCAGCUCAUUCAUGCAAAGAAGUGACGGACUAUUUCACACGCGGAAAUGAGUUGUUUGCCGAAAUCAAAUGCUAUCAAGAUAAUCAAUGUAUUGGUGAAUGUUGGUUGAAAGCAACUAAGUGA